UAUGGAUGGAAGGGCGGGUGGUGAUUAUCAUUUGGUGUUACCUGCGAGGAGACAACCGUUGGCAUUCUAGUCUGCUACGGGCCAGAGUCAGCCAAAGUGGUUAUAUCUGAGCGGAAAGCUCGCAAACUCUGGACACAUUCUGUUCUGAGUCCUGCGAGGUCCGUUUAAGGACGUCAUCGAUCUACUGAUAAUUUAAAACCAAAUUCUCGUGCAGUGAUUAUAAAAUAUAACAAUUAAAAUGGCAGAAGUUGAGGCGCGCACUGUAUUGUGGUACAUGACGUUUAUAGGAUUCAUUGUCAACUAUAUGCUGCGUAUCAAUCUGAACAUCACCAUUGUGGACAUGAUUGUUGCUCCCGCUGCAAACUUGACCAAUGCGACACUCGCGUCUAACGCAUCCCACCUGACAACCGUUCCGGGAGUGGAGUCCAUUCUGAAUGACAGCGCACUCAGUGAACGAUAUUCGUGGGAGCGACAGUUUCUUGAUUGGGCAAAUAUUGAAUACGAUAGAAACGGUUUUCACUGGAACGAGCGGGAACAGAGCAAUCUCUUGGGCUCAUUCUUCUGGGUGCACUGGGUCCUCCAGCUACCCGGUGGUAUUCUGGCCCGCAAAUAUGGCACAAAGUUGAUUUUCGGACUCUCAAAUGGCAUCGGCGUCUUCUGCUGUUUCCUCAUACCGAUUUUUUCUUAUUGGAGCUAUGGUGCUCUGCUCUGGCUUCGAGUGUUCCAAGGAUUCGUAACUGGAUUGGCUUGGCCAUCGAUGCAUGUUAUGACGGCCAAGUGGAUUCCCCCGAAUGAGCGCAGCAAAUUCGUGAGUGCCUAUUUGGGCAGCUCGGUGGGAGUGGCUCUGUUCUAUCCAAUUUUCGGCUAUAUCAUCGCCUGGACCUCAUGGGAAUGGGUUUACUACAUCUGUGGCGUUUUUGGCAUGCUGUGGUUCAUUGCCUGGCAGUUCCUGGUCUUCGACAGUCCCGCCCAGCAUCCACGCAUAGCCCAGUCGGAGCAGCGAUACAUCGAGAAGUCGCUGGGCGCCUCGGUGCAGAAUAGCACACCUGGGCCGACGCCUUGGAAGCAGAUUGCCUGCUCGCGACCCGUCUGGAUGAACGUUGUGGCACAGUGGGGUGGCAUCUGGGGUCUCUUUACGCUGAUGACACAUGGACCGACCUAUUUCCGACUGAUCCAUCACUGGAACAUUCGAGCGACGGGCCUCCUCUCGGGCAUGCCACAUAUGAUGCGAAUGAUCUUCGCCUACGUCUACUCCAUGUUCUCCGACUAUCUGCUGCGCACGGAUCGUCUCAGUCGUACCAAUGUACGCAAGUUGGCAACGGCAGUUUGCUGUGGUGUGAAAGGAGUUUUGGUUCUUGCCCUGGCCUAUUUUGGCUAUAAUGCAACGGCUGCCAUUGUCUUGGUGACUGUAGCCACAAUGUUCCAUGGCGCUGUCUCCUCCGGCCCGCUGGCCUCCAUGGUGGAUCUGUCACCCAACUAUGCGGGUAUCGUUCUCGGCGUCAGCGGCAUGAUCGGUGGCAUGCCUGGGUUCAUCUCACCCUUCAUAGUGGGCAUAUUAACCCAGGGGAAUCAAACGAUUGAUGCCUGGAAGAACGUCUUCAUGCUAACUGCUGCUAUGCUCAUCGGCAGCGGCGUCUUGUACGUCCUAUUCUCGGAGUCCACGCUGCAGCCUUGGAACAGUGGCAGCAACUCUCUGCCAGAUCCCGGGCUUAAGGAACUGCAUUCGUUUGCGGAGAAAUUACCGCUGAAGGGCGAAUUAGAGGCCGAUGUCAAGGAGAAGGAAGAGGUUGAGGCUGCAUCCAAAAUCAAGUCUCAGAACUGAUAAGCCGAUAAGUCAGUGUCAGUUUUAUUGUCAUAAGUCCAUUUUAGUUAUAGCCCCUUUGUGUACCCACUCGAAGCGACGCGUCUGAUAAAUAUACUUAUCAAAACUCAUCUCGUAUUUGCACUGAGAUUGGGUUUGUCGCCUAGUGCUAACUCUUUCUCUAAAUUUAAAUAAUAUAUUAGAUUUUUUCUGCCUCUUGGCUACCACAACUACGAUCACGAUCAUUCCAUUAACUUGUUGCCUGCUCUCAUUGUAAGUGUUUUUGGUAAAUAUAAUAUGGGAACUGAAUGUAAACAA